GUUCACAGGCACCCAAGAAUCAACGAAGAGAGGGUCCUUGGUGUCGGCUCCCUCGUUUCAAAGAUUACUGAGAAACUAUCAGCAAAACCGAAGAAAGAGGAAGAAGUGCUUCAGCUCUUCAUCAAGAUGAAACUGGUCAAUCAAAAGACCAAUAUCUUGGAAAACCCGCAGUUCCAGAAGUGGACCAGCGCCGUCACCAAUGGCUACAAGGACUCACAAGCGGCUGACAUGGCUGGGGCAGCGACUUUGGCGAAACAGUAUGGGGACGAAGCUCUCGCGAAGAUGCUCGUCGAGGCCAAGCAAGUGCCAAGUACGGGAACGGUAGCAGCCAAACUGGAGGAGGCUCAGGCGAACAACUGGCUGAGCAGGGGACAAACGGCAGACUACGUGUUCCGUGUGCUGAAGGUGGACAAGGAGAAGUACGGAAUUAUGCGGAGCCCACACCUGAGCACGUGGGUGUCCUACGUGGAGAAGACGAAGGGAAAUCCGUACCAACUGCUGCUGGAGAAGAUGAAGGCGCAACGGCUUAGCGACGCUGCAAUCGCGAACAUGCUUGUUGGAGCGAAGCAAGACCCUGCUACGUCGUCUAUUGCGAAGAAAGGGGAGAGCGCGUUGUUCGAGAGCUGGAAGUCUCAAAGCGCGGACGAUAUUUUCAAGCUCCUCAAGCUGGACGACGAUCAAGGCGGAAAUCUCUUUACCGGUUUUCUCCCCUGUCUGAGCACCUGGGUCUCCUACGUGACGAAGUUGGAAGGAAAACAAGCAGACAAGCGAAUGUACUCAAUACUUCGAGCAACCUACGGCGACGACGAGAUAGCCAGGAUCCUUGUCGUGUCGAAGAAGCGCUUCAUGGGUGACGUGGCUGCGAGACUGGAGGAGGUGCAGCAGAAGGUUUGGCUGAGCGAAGGGAAAACUGCGAAGGGAGUUUUUGUGACGCUGAAACUCAACACCCAAGGAGACAAACUUUUUAAGAGCCCGGCGCUCAGCACAUGGGUCAACUACGUGACGAAGCUGAGUCCAAAGAAGGCGGACGAGGUAAUACUGUCGACAUUGAAGACGAGUUAUGCAGACGAUGCUCAGGCCAAGAUAUUUGUUGCAGCAAAGGGGAGCUCGGGUACGAAGGUCAUGGCUGGUCAAUUGGAGCGGGCUCAGAUAAAGGAUUGGCUCCGUAAUGACCAGUCGGCAGACGACGUUUUCAAGCUCUUGAAGUUGGACGAUGAUGUGGAUAACGUGUUAGACAACCCACUGCUGAGCCAUUGGUUGAGUUUCGUGGAGAAGCUGGACGAAAACCCGUACUCGAUCUUGCUUACCAAACUGAAGACAUCAAAACUCACAGAUACCGAUGACAAGCUCGUCGGGAUGCUGAUUAAGGAGAAGACGAAGGCCACUACAAGUGCCAUCGCUGGAAAACUGGAGGCAGCACAGCUCGACAAGUGGGUGAAGGAGGGG